UUGGUGGAUUCGAGCUUGUCGUGGGAGAAUGUUCUGGUGGUUUGUGGGUGGCAGAUCUGAGUGUAUAUAUUCAGCCUCGCCAAGGUAUCUCUUAGUAUGUCAUUUUCGUUUCGUGACAAACCGAGACUCAGUGAACGGCUUCGUGGUAAAUCUGGUGAUGAUUUAAUCAACGAAUUAAAAAAUCAUAUUGACCAAGAGCGGAAGAUGUUCUUUGAUACUGCUCCAAAUUGGGGAUCUGUUCACCCGUCGGGAUCUUUCUCUUCUAGGACCGGCUUUCCGUUUGACGACGACAUGAUGCCCAGGAGUGGACGACAGGAUAUUCGUGCCCAUCUAGAUGAUCUGGCACAGCGACAUCCAGAAUUUGCAGACCAACUUCGGUGUCCUCCUUGGGCUGGAGAAAUGAGUGGAUCACCAUCACAUACUGGCACCUGGGGACAGAAUAGACGUGGGUCAAGUGAAGCUGAACCACACACACAGGCAAGAAGCAGCAGUAGUGGCAGCAAUGUGGAAAGUGAAAUGGGCACAUCAUCUCCAAAGCCAGAGGAUAACAGAGGCAGAAACCCUUUCCCUCAGCAAGGAGAAGCUGGUCGAGAUGAUGGUGGGAAUCGUGGCCAUCGUUCCAUGUCUGCACCUCCUGAUGCUAGAAAUCAGCAACCACCCCAGCCUCAAAAUCAACCUCAGCAAACACCUCAGCCUCAAAGAUAUGUUUCCAGAGUUAACAUAACACCAGGAAAACCACCUGUUGCACCUCAGAAACCGCAGUCACCACAGCAAUCGUCUAGCAAUGUGAGGCAUAUACCUAUUUUUGUUGAAGGGAGAGAUGAACCUAUUCUUCCUAAAAAUCUGGCUUCUGAAGAACCACCUCCAGAACAAGUGUUUUCACAGAGGAUUCCUCCACAGCCUCAACAGACAUUUUCAAAACCACAGACGUACACAUCGCAUCAUCAGUUCCAGCCACAACAGCGUUUUUAUUCUCCACCACAGUCAGCACGGACAGAAUAUACUCGUCCACAGCAGAAUGUACCACACUCAAAACCUGAAACAAUAUUUUCUCAACAGAAUUCAGCUCCAAGUAUGCAGCAGCCAGCAGCACAGCAACCAAAGGAGAUGCCGAAGCCAUCACAACAACCUAAGCCUCAGCAGGCAAAGCCUCCACAGCCUAAUGAUCCAAUUCAUCGUGUCCAAGCUGUCCAGAAGGAUGUGGAAAAUCUUCAGAGAAUGGUGGAAAAUUUUGCUGGAACCUCCAGAAAAGAUAAGCAGUAUAUAUACCUUGAUGAAAUGUUAACAAGGAAUUUAUUAAAGCUAGAUGAUAUUGAUACAGAGGGUAAGGAAAACGUGAGGCAAGCACGCAAGGAAGCAAUACGCAGUAUACAGAAAUGUAUCAGUAUUCUGGAAUCUAAGGUGCCAGCACCAGAGGAACAGAAUGAAAAUGCAGUUUCAGAAGACACAGAAGGGAUGCAGUCAGUAGAUAAUAGUGACACAACUGAACUGAGAGAAGAAAAUCCAGCAGAAGAGAUGGAGGCUGACAUAGUUGCGCCUGAGCCUCCAGUGCUGGAAAAUGCAGGUGAGAAAAUGGAGCCAGAUGUUAAAGAGACUGAGGAACAUAUUGAGAAAAUGGAUGUUGAGCACUCAGCACCAACACAACAGUCAGAGACAGAAUCAAGUCUGAUAGAAACAAAAGGUGAAUCUCAGCCUUCAGCAGAAGUAACUGAAACUAACAGAAAUGAAAAUGGUGAACAUAAGGGAGAAUCAGCUGAUACACAGCUGACAAUGGACAUGGUAGUGACACCUGAGGCUCCAUUGACUGAAUCAACUAAUCAGGUUGCAAGUGAGAAGCCUUCAGAGAAGAUAGAUAAAAGUGAUAUGGAAGUAGAACCACCUGCAUCAAAUCAGACUGAUCUGGUACAGAUGGAGGCAGAGGCUCUUCCACAGAAAGAUGUGGCAGUAAAAACAGAUGUGGAAGUUCAGAAGGAAGGUGACGUUAAAGAACCACGCUUACCACAGACAACGAAGGAGACAGAAGUGCAAGAAAAUGUUAGUGCUACACCAGAGAAUUCAAAAGAAGCUGAACCAAAGACUGUAGAUGAGACAUCUGUGAUGCAAAUUGAACCGAUACCAGCUGGGUCGGAAAUAACAAACCCUCCAAAAGCUGAAGAAUUAGGUGAAACACAGCAAGAAUCGGCAAAAGAAAAUGCCAGUUCUGAACUAACCUCUGAUAAGGAUCCAAAACCAGAAGUUGAUACAAAGAAAAAGAAGACUGGUAAAAAAGUGAAAUCCCCAUCCAAAAAACAUCCUAAACAAGGUUCUAGUAGCAAGGCAGAUACAAUUUCUAGUUCAGAAGAAGCACAAAAAAGUUAAUUUUUUGAGAACUUUUUAAAAAAAUAACUUAUUUAAGAGUAUUUUAAUAAAGACUGCAGAGACAUGUAAAAUGUUGGAAAGUAUUAUUCUCAUUAAUGUGUAUAGAUUUAUUUAUGUUGAUUUCUGGUGCUGUUGUCUCAUGGAUGUGAGUGAUACCCGUUUUUAUUUCUACUUCAGUUGUUCCUUGGUACUGAAUGUGUCUUCAAUCACUUCAUACUUUUAAGUGAUGUAUAUAAUGUGGAUAAUCUUGCCAAAGAUAUGUCAGAUGUUUUUGUUGUAACUGGAUCAGUUUCUUUGAGCUGUGAUAAUUUCUAAACUUUUAAACUAUGUAUGAAAUGAAUAUUUGUUCUUAUAAAUUUUCUCUGUAAAUUAAGCAUUGAAUAAGCCUAUAGCACUUUUAUAAUUAUAUGUACAAAUAUUUAAAUGUAAAUAAAUAGUAAAAAUUCUUGUA